AUGGCUUCUCCCACCAUUACCCUCAACAAAAUUCUGGCUGCGGCGCCUGCCACGACCCGCGGCCAGCCCACGCAGCUGUCGACCGACAGCAAGGGCCAGCGCAUAGCUUACGCGUCUGGAAAAUCCAUCUUUGUCCGAUCCAUCGACUCGCCCGACGACUGCAAGGAAUACACCGGCCACACCGCCGCCACCACCGUCGCCCGCUUCUCCCCCAGCGGCUUCAAGAUCGCCAGCGGCGACGCCGCCGGCACGCUGCGCAUCUGGGAGCCCGAGAACAUCGACAACGUCGGCAAAGAGUACGGCAUCAUCUCCAGGCGCCUCAACGACGUGGCGUGGGACGGCGAGUCGCAGCGCGUCAUCGCCGUCGGCGACGGCCGCGAGCAGUUUGGCCGCUGCAUCACCGCCGACAGCGGCAACUCGGUCGGCGAGGUCAUCGGCCACAGCAAGGCCGUCAACGCCGUCGCCGUCAAGGGCCAGCGCCCCUUCCGCGCCGCCACCGUCGGCGACGAUGGCAACAUGGUCUUCUACCACGGCGCGCCCUACAAGUUCAACGGCAAGAGCGCCCAGCACAAGGGGUUCGUCCUCGGCGCCGCGUACUCGCCCGACGGCAGCACGCUGGUCACGGUCGGCGCGGAUAGGCGCAUCCAGCUGUACGACGGCAAGACGGGCGAGCCCGGGAGGCAGAUUGGCGAGGGCGAGCACGCUGGCUCCGUCUUCGCCGUCUCGUGGUCGCAGGACGGCAGGAGGAUCGCCACGGCGAGCGCGGACCAGACCGUCCGCCUCUGGGACGUGGAGUCGGGCAAGGCUACGCAGUCGUGGAAGUUUGGCGACGGCGUCAGCGUGGGCGACCAGCAGGUGGGCGUGGUCAUCCCCCACGGCCGCACCGACGGCCUCAUCAUCAGCGUGAACCUGCGUGGCGAGCUCACGUAUCUGCACGAGGGCAAGGAGCAGCCUGUCAGAGUGGUCCAGGGACACGACAAGGGGAUCACGACCAUGAUCCGCGCGUCGGACGACAAGGGCACGGCGCUGUGGACGGGUAGCUUCGACGGCCGCGUCUGCCACUGGGACGUCAAGACCGGCACCGCCGCUGUCGUUGACGGCCAGGCUCACACGAACCAGGUUGCCCAGCUGGCCGGUGCUUCCGGCAGGGCGUACAGCGCGGGCUGGGACGACACGCUCCGGACGGUGGACGAGGCCGCAAAGACCUUCCUCGGCGAGAGCGUGACUCUACCUGCCCAGCCCAAGGGCGUGGCGGCGGCUGACGGCAUCGUCUACGUCGCUACGGCAUCCGGAGUCGCUGCGUACAAGGACGGGAAGCUGGCCAAGGAAACGCCAACCGCGUACGCGCCCGGCGCGAUCGCCGCCACCGCGGGCUUUGUCGCCGUCGGCGCCGACCAGAACUCGGUCAAGGUGUACGCGGCGGACGCCAGCGGCGCGCUGCAAGAAGCACAGACCCUGACCAACUCGACCGGCACCGUCUCCGCGCUCUCCUUCUCGCGCGACGGCGCGCACCUGGCCGCGGGCAACAGCGUCGGCAAGAUCUACGUGUACAAGGUCGGCGGCGGCUGGGAGGUGGCGGCGGACAGGUGGUCGGCGCACACGGCGCGCGUCACCUGCAUCGCGUGGGACGACGCGGGCGCGCAUGCGGCCAGCGGCAGCCUCGACACGAAUGUAUUCGUCUGGUGUCUGGAGAAGAAGAACCAGGGCAAGCGCAUCAAGGCGGCCAACGCGCACAAGGACGGCGUCAGCGGCGUGGCGUGGAUCGAGGGCGGGCGGCUGGCGAGCGCGGGCAACGACGCGACCGUCAAGGUCUGGGACAUGCAGAACCUUCCAUGA